AUGGAAAAUGUGUUAAAUACUCACACGGGACAAUCUGUAGAUGUAUGCCUGUCGGCAUGCGAGCAACUCUUCUACAAGUAUGCUAUAAUAGGUAAUGAGACUUGUUUAUGUGGAAAUGCGCCUGGACAAUUUAAGCUGGACCCUAAAACUUGCGCCACUCCAUGCCCUAAGAACGACACUCAAUUAUGCGGCGGCGAAGGUGCGGCCAGCGUGUAUGACACCGAGGUGUACGUCCCUGGCCCUCCGGCCUCUAUAACAGUUGCUAAUAUUACUGAAACCACUAUGAGGGUCCGCUGGACUGCCCCUGAAGCUUACUCGUACAUAACUGGUUAUGUAAUAAGAGCUAUAGUACUGGAAACUUAUUCUGAUAUUAUACUGAUGCCACUUGAAUGGAAAGUAUCAAACAUUACAUUUUAUACUGAUCUGCUGAACCUACAACCGGGUUCUAAGUAUCAGAUAGGAGUGGCUGCAGUCAAUGAUGUGUUUAAGGGUCAAAAUAAGACUGCUGAAGUUGAAACUGUUAUUGGAACACCAGAUCCGAGUCCUCCUGACAUACAUAUAAGAGAAAGAAAGGGAGACAGGAUGGUUGUCUCUAUUCCUGAAGCUAAAAAUGUUAACGGUCCCGUUUCCAUGUAUAGGAUUGUGGUUUCUAUUGAGUUAUACCAACAAGGGUAUCUCGUUGCUAAUCUUGGGAACUACUCCUAUGCCAUUGAUCAGGGCCAUCCUUAUUACAUUACUGCAGAAUUAGACCCUGAUGAUAUUAAGAAUGAUUUUAUAAUUGGAGACAGGAGGGUUUAUAAUGGUUUUUACAAUGCUCCCUUGCAAUUAACUAAUGAUAUAGACAUUUCUUUGGGAGUAGUUAGUGAGAAGAAUCAUGUUAAAAAAAUCAGAUAUGCUGACUCAACAAAAAAAAUUAUUUUAAACAUUAAUGAACCUGAAGAAACUUCCCCUUUAAUGAUAGCUCUUGGAGCUGCCAUCGCUAUUAGCAUAGUACUACUGUUAAUCGGUAUUGGCCUUAUUAUCAUUCUCAGGAAGAGAAUUCACCUUGCAAGGGUACAGAGGGGGUCUCAGUCUAUGCCAUUGAGUUUAAGCGAACCUUGUAUGGAAAUUGAGAACUGCGGCUUCAUGCAGGAGGAACAGGAAAGGGUAGAUUAUUACAGCAAUUUAAAGAGAAAAUUAUGGAACAUUCCGAGAAACCUUAUUGACAUUGAUAUAUCAUGUGUUGUUGGUGUAGGCAGCUAUGGCAAGGUCACUAAAGGGCGCGUGCAACAGCAUGGAGCACAGACUCCUGGAUUAGUCCAGGUUGUGACUGAUAGAGAACUGGAAAGAUCAGAAAAGAAGCUAAUGCUGCAGGAACUAGAUCUCCUCAUCAAGUCUAGUGAACAUGAACAUGUAAUCUCUCUUAUUGGAUUCUGUGAAACAAAUACAACAUUAUUUGUUGUUCUAGAAGAUUAUAAACAGGUUUUAAAAGAAUUACUGCUUCAGAGCCGGCAUAGAGAUUUGCAGAAUAAUAAAUUCUGCCUUUUACCAGAGAACAGAGUCUUUCAGUAUUUUGUUGACAUAGCUAAAGGUAUGGACUACUUGCAUAGUAAAAAGAUCUUACAUAAACGACUCAGUUGCCGUAACAUCGUAAUAGGAGAUAACGGCGUCGCUAAAGUCUCCGGCUUUGGUUUAUCUCAUAUGCGACCUUUGCACGAGACCCCUGAUUACACGCGGUGGACCUCUCAUGAAAUGCUGCGCCACACGAGAUUCAAUCCUAAAGCCGACGUCUGGUCUUUUGGCAUUCUAGUAUGGGAGGUGUUAACGAUGGGAGCUACCCCAUAUUUUCAUAGUUCUAACAAAGAUGUUGCAGCUCGGAUAUUACGAGGUAUGCGGCCAUCCCAGCCGUCGUAUGUCGGCGACGAACUCUUCCAGCUCUGCCUACAGUGCUGGCAGGUAGAUCCGGAUGAGAGACCCACGUUUUCUUCCCUUGUUGAAGAACUAAUACCCUUUGCCGAAGCUACCGGCUGCAGAAGUCUAAGCUUUACUCAUUACAAUGGUUUUGAUUAUGAACCGCAUGUACCGCAAUAUGAAAUCGUCUCAUAG